GCUGCGGGAAGCUGCCGUGGCAUCCGCCGCCCGCACGCCAGCUCGUCCUGCGUCCUCGUAUCCGCCGUGGCCCGGCGGCGAUCCUAGCCGGGUUCGGCCGGGCCGUCGUUCAUAUGGCCGUGGUGGUGGCCAGACGGGACGGGACGUACGGAAGCGCAGCCCCUCUCGCAGCCAGCGCUGGCUGCUGUGCUACCGACGGCACGGGCUGGCUCUGGAUAUAAAAGCGCGUGGGAAGCCGGUUGUUUGGUUCUAGUUACCAGCCAGCACCGCCCAUCACUCGCUCUCUCUCUAUCAGAGCUCCGACUUCAGCUAUAGCUACAACAGUAAACAUGCAGUUCACCACCGCCCUCCUCGCUGCCUUUGCCGCCACGGCCUCGGCCCGCAUCGUCGGCAUCUCGGCCCCCAAGCAGGUCGUCCCCGGCGAGGCUUUCCCCGUCACCAUCCGCACCGAGGGCUACAUCCAGAGCGUCGAGGACGUGGCCAUUGUGUUUGGAGCCAGCACGCCGGCGCAGGCGUAUCCCGGAACGCUGGGCCGCGACCUUUUGUUGCAGAAGAUUCUCGGACCCGAUCUCUCCAACGUGAACAACAACAUCUCCACGCGCGUCACGCUGCCCGCCGACUUCGAGAAGGGCAAGGCCGUCCUCGUCGGCGCCCUCUACUCCAUCUACGGUGCCAGCCACUCGCCUCUCGUCCAGUCCUUCAACGUUACCAUCGACGUCGCCGACACCGCCAACUGGGGCGAGUACGUCGACAGCAAGGGCAGCGUUUAAACGGCCUAUCUACGCAGGCCCUCCCCGCUUGCCCAUCGUUCUCCCUGUAUGUAUGAUGUAUGUAAGAUUAGUUAGUUAGCGUAUACGACAUAAUGUGUAACUGUCAACUACCCACCACCACCCGACCCUACGUCGCAAACUCGUCCACCACGCCCCUAACGCCAUCCUCGCGCCUUCCAAGCGGUGUCCACCGCACGUCGUGCAUGCCAAACGCGUGCAGCCCUCCCAGCUCCACCCCCCUCGCCGUCCCAGUCCACUGCUCCCCCGCCGCAAUCCCCACCACCGCAACCAGCACGCCGUAGCGAUACUCUGGCGAGCCGACCGCCUCCCCGCUCUGCGCGUCAAUAACUGCAAUCAGGUCCGGGACAGUGGCCAGCGGCGUCUCCACGCCACCAGGCUCUAUAGCCAGGACAGCGAUAUUCUCGUUCUUGAAGGGGAUCUUGACGCGGGUCGCGUACCUCUCUUUCCAUCCUUCCCUAACCUCCUCCUCCUCCUCCC